UGCAGACAAAAUCAAGAUGGCGACACGGUGGGGUAUCUGCAGUUGUGGACUUAUCUCAAGCGACUUUUGUACUGCAUUAAAGACACUCUCUAGCUCAGAACACGAUAUUGUUGCUGUGGCGGCCAGAACAAAAGAUAGUGCUGAAGAUUUUGCAAAAAGAUUUAACGUCCCUGCAGCUUACGGUUCUUACGAGGAACUUGCGAGAGACCCGAAUGUAGAAAUUGUCUACGUCGGAACAAUCAAUCCUCACCACUAUGCUGCCUGCAAACUAUUCAUGGAGAGUGGAAAACAUGUUUUAUGUGAAAAACCGGUAACCAUGACAGUGGCUGAGCUGAAACAGUUGAUCAGUAUAGCCAAGGAGAGGAAGCUCUUUUUCAUGGAGGGAUUCUGGACGCGGUUUUUCCCUACUGUCAGAGCACUGCAGGAGGAACUAAAAGCGGGAACAGUGGGAACGGUGAAGAUUGUGCGGGUGCCUUUCUGUAUUCCGAUCUCUCAUGUUGACCGCGCGGUCAAAAAGGCCUUGGGCGGCGGCGGCCUACUGGACAUCGGCUGCUACACAGUACAGUGGGCCAAUCUGGUCUUCAAGGAGCAGCCAGAAAAAAUAGUCGCUGUAGGGCAACUGAACGAAGAUGGUGUAGACGUGUGGGCUACUAUCACCCUGAUCUAUAGUGGGGGCCGCAUGGCAAUCCUGAACUACAACAUAGACUGUGCCUUUAGCGGAAAUACACUUGCUAUCCAUGGGUCCAAGGAAGCUAUUGAGAUUUCUCAUCCUAUGCACUGCCCGACGAAAAUGGUCCUACACUCAGGUGAAACUAAGGAAUUCCCUCUUCCUGAGAGUCCUCACAAAUACAACUUUGUGAACUCUGUUGGAUUAGUCUACGAGGCCCAGGCUGUAAGAGAAUGCCUUCAACAAGGACUAACAGAAUGUCCUCAGAUGCCUCUUCAGGACUCCAUCAACAUCUUGACGAUCAUUGAAGAGGCCUUAAGACAGCUUGGAGUGCAGGGGUGCACACAACCUUAAUUUCACUUUCAUGCUUCUUUUGACACACUGCUGAUGUGUCUUAGCGAUCGCUUAUUCGCUGUUCCAAUGUUUAUAGCGGUCUCCUUGCAGUUUUUCUUUAAUAGCCAGGAUUUUCUUACUUUUUCUUCUCUUACAAAGAGUGACCAGAAAUAUUCACUGUUAUUCCAUGAAUGGUUGUCUGCUAUCACUACAUAAUCCUGAUUAGUCUUGCUUGGAGUGAUUUGUUUGAUGCACCAUUUAGUAUUGACAUUAAGAAAAUUUUGUGUGAUUUAUUGUGUUUUAAGAUUGAGCCGAUUUGGCUGUACGUUUUGCAGCCUGUUGAUUUUACCUCCCAUUGAGAUAGUCCUUCGCUAAACAUAAUCAGUAUUUUUUGAUAAAGCUUUUUAAAGUUUUUAAAUAACAGAGCAUUAUAUAUUUUUGUCUUACUGUUCAUUCAGAUUAUUUGGUAUUUCAUCUGUUUAGCGCAGAUCAUUCUGCACAAAUGGUUUUUGUUGCUCAAAUAAUAAUGUACAGCGUGUCAGGUGUAAUCGUUAAAAUGUACUCGAUAAAGAGCUGUACCAUUUACGGCCUCGAGUAUUAUUCAGCACUUAGUUCAAUAUGCACAUCUUAAUAGGUGUGAUUAUUUGAUGUAUUUGAUAAAACAAAAAUAUGUAUGAUUUAGCAAAUCUGUCUGGCUUUUUCAGGACAUUUUCUUCACAUAUUUCUUAUUUAUGUGGGAAUCGCUUCUCUGCCUACUGAAUCAGUGCUAGUCACAGUUAACCAGUUACAUUGUCAAGGUUAUGGGAUCUGUACCUUUUUUACCUAGUACAGUCUUUACUUUUUGACAAGGCUAUGUGAUUUGGAUCCUUUACCUUUAUUACAUAAUAUAGUCUUCAGAUUUUGUUUUUUUGUUUUGGAGUGGAUAGGGCGAUAAGUAUCCAUGCUGGAAUGCCAUUUAUGAUAAGCAAAUUUCUGACAGUUUUCGUUUUGUAAAGACUGGGUACUGAAGAUUAUAACUAUUUUAUGAGAUAUAUUUUCAUUUUGCUUUAAAAAGUAAUUUGCUAUCUUUGCUUUUGCUUUCUAACCGCCUUAUUGUAUUUUCAAGCUUUCAUUUUUCAGUGUGUUUAAAAUAAUACAGUUUCCUAUCAAACAGUG